UUGAGGAAAUUCCAAGUUCUGACACUGACAUCAUAAACAAAUUUUGUUUUUCGUUUAUUAUGGCUGGUUGGAUCUUUAAAAGUGUUUGCUGUUUUCUAAUCGUAUCAUUAUUGAUUCUUGACAUUGUAGAAACGAGGCGCUCUCGUUAUGGGAGUGUUCGAACCCGCGUGAGAACCCGGAUCCGCCAGCGCGUCCGCUAUGGCAGCAGGAUAUCGUACCUUCGUCACGGCUCCAGUCCGUUUACACGUUCCACAUGGCAGGUGGCGUUUCUAGCCGGGUCGAUCUACGGAGGAUCAAGAUACAUGAGGAGUCCAUAUUAUCACCGUUACAGAGACAGAAUGCCCUACAUCUGCACUAACUACUACGAUACGGACCAGAACGGUACAAUGUACGGUUACUUUGUGUGUCCUCGCAAUGGGGAGCCGAUGGACUUUGACCGCUGUUGUGGUAGAAGUCGACGGGAGUACUGCUGUCGGUACUAUAAUAAUAACAGCACUGGACAGACGGUUGGAAUUGUUAUUGGCGUCUUGUUACUCGUUGUCAUCGUUGGAGUCACCGUCUAUUGCUGCGUUAAGAAGUCGGGGAAAGCGGGUCAUGUGUUUGGAAAGGUGCCAGGGAUAAGCAGCAACCGGCUGCACAAAGAACAGGCAGUUCCGCUGAAUCAGGAAGCUCCUGUGAUGAUGAUGACUACAGAACAGCCGGGACCUCCUGCAGGAGCCUAUGCACCCCCUUCAAACCAACAACCUGGGCCACCGGGAGCCUACAUGCCACCGGGAAACCAACCCCCUCCCCCUGGGAGUUACCCACAGCCAUCACCUGGAGAGUACCCCCCUCCGGCAUACACUGCCGGCUAUGACCCUAAUGCACCAGCACCGUAUCCACCAACUAAUGAAAAACCCCAGUUGCCUCCUGGAGAAGUCAACACUGGCGGCUACCCUUAUCCAAGUGACCCAGGGGUGAUGCCCUACCCUGCAGAUCCAAACAGACAGCCACCACCCCCUGAUGGUUAUGGAUAUGGUCCACCAACCGGGCAGCCAUAUCCAUCGCAGCCAUACCCUUCCCACCCGGCCCCGCCUUACCCGCAGUAAGGUGAAGAGAAAGUGCUGGCAGUCAGAGAAAGUGCUGGCAGUCAGAGGAGAAAGUGUACUUCAAGUGUUCUGUGCUGUUUUAGACAUUUUCACACGAGGGUAAUGUCCACCACUCACACGGAAAAAUUAAAAUUAUGGAAAAUGUGUAAAAUGUUUUUUACAUGUAUGUGGUAGCCACAUGACAAAAACCCAGCCUGGAGGCAACUUCACAAAACCUUGUGGACUGAAAAUAUGAAGCUUGUUUUUCUUAAGUGCACAUAUUUAAGCAUUGUAAAAAUAUAGUAAGACAAAAAUGUUUAGCAUUGUUAAACAUCCAAGGAUUCGCAACACAAGUUUCAGAGAUCAAUGCACAAUUUCAAAACAUCCAAGGAUUCGCAACACAAGUUUCAGAGAUCACUGCACAAUUUCAAAAGAUCUAACAGUAAUUGCUAAAAAAUCAAUUUUCAGUUUUUAGAAAUUUCUAGAAAUAUCACAAAAUGUUCCCUGAACAUGCUUAAAUAAGGCAAAACUUGUGACUUGUGAAACGAGAUAUGGGAUUUAAUUUAUACAUAAUUUGUUUCAAUACAAAAUGAAAUACAAGGGUCCAGAGAUGGAAAUUGCCUAACAUGUAACAAGAAUGGAGUGCAGAUUAUUCGUUACGUUUUACGUAGUACACCAAAAGUGGGUUCUAUUUAAAAACUUAACUUUGGCAGAUGAAUUCGGUAGUAGAUAUUAAUAACACGUAGUGUGUUAUAUACAACAGUGGACCAAAUAAUAUUUAGUUUGUUGCUUUUCGGUUGCAGGUGAUUACUUCAAAUACUGGUUGUCCUUAUGUGUACGACUAUUCAUUACUCCAGGAUACUUAAAGAAUUAGGGUUAGUGACUUUAAUGAAUAUAUAGCACUCUGAUUAUUAUGUCAUGUGUUCCCCCCACCACCACCACCACCACCCACUCCCCGGUGAUUGUUUGUAGACCAGCCCUUAACACUUGAUAAACGAUUGUGAAGAUGGUUGGCCAUGUAAUAUCUAGUCUUUGGUCUUUUAUAUAACACACAUACAUGAAUUUUUGAAUUUGUAUUAAAUUUAAAAAUUCUUACUCAAUUUUUAAAACAUUUUACAAUUCUUAUUAAAAUGUUUAAAAAUAUUUAAUUCAAAUUUUUAAAGUACAUUUUCAUUGGAUAAUUCUAAAACUUGGUACUAUGAUUCUUUGUGGUAGUCUCCACAAAGUAAUAGUAAGAUAUUUUGGAAGUUUUGAAUUUUUAUUGAAUUUUUAAACAUUUAAAUUAUAGAAUUUAACAUUGAUUUUUUUUUAAAGUCUUUUCAUCUCAUAGAAUUUAAGUUUGGUAGUUUUGAUUCUCAGUACAAUGAUUCUCAGGGGCAGUCUUCAAAAUCUCCCACCCCUGCAAUUAAGAAAAUGUCCAUGGCAAAACAGCGGGGUAUAAAAUUGAGCAUAGUUUACAGCAAAAAAGUGCUGCCGAGAAUUAAAAACCCUGCAGUGAUCUAUAUGUUACUCUUAUUGUAUGUCUAUAACUGGUGGGUCUGUUGCAGCUGUUUUGUUUUGUGCAUACCCAUAACUCUAUGACAAUAAGUAGCAAGUCAUGUUUUGCGAAUUAUGUUUGUAUGUUUUCCUUAAUGACACAACUAGAGCACAUUGAUUUAUUAAUAAUUGACAGUGUACUCUAAUGGUAUCGUUAAACAAAACAAUCUUCUUUCUGUCGGUCCAGCCGUCUUUUUUACAGUUUUCUGGACUUUUUAUUCCCAGUUCCUCAAGAUAUUCAACAAAAUGUUUGUGUUAUCUACGUAUAAUAUUAUCUUAUAGAGCUACUGAGCAAGUUUGGGUUUUUUAAAUUUGUCAAUGUUUGACAGGGUUAUGGCCCUUGAACUUAGGAGAUUUGUUGGACCCAGUGAGGGUCAUGUAUUGCUUUAGCAGUACUCUCAGAAUGCUUGUAAAUGAUGUUUCCUGUGAAUAAUAUAUACACACAUCUGUAUUCUUUUUUUGGCAGACAUGGUCAAAUAUAAUGCAUAUGUCGUAACACGAAAAGGUUAACAACUUACUCAAUGUACAAAACAUAAACACCAUCAGGGGUGGCAGUGCGUAACAAAUAGUGGUACAUCUCGAGGUUGCCAGACUCUCCUUUCAAAUUCACCUGUGAAGGAUAUUUUUACAGAUACAUCAAAUAUAACACACAUACACAAAAAGAAGUGGUACAGCCAUGCCGUACCUCUUUGAAAAGUGGUAUGGCCAUGGCAGUACUGGCCAUACCGUCUGCGCUGCCCCUGACCAUUAAUAUUGCCAAUGACUGUAAUGUUAGGCUUUGUAUUGAAAAUAGGGUCACUGUUACACAAAAUUAAAUUCAGGUAACCCAUUUCAUUUUUGCAUAACCUGUUACAUGUACAUCCAUGUAAAUGAUGUCCUAAAUUAGACAAAACAAAACAAAAGAAGAAGUUUAUGUAAUAUGAUGUGCAAUUUUAGAGGGCUGAAUAUAAAACAGGGCUCGAAAUGGCCUGUGGCCAGGUCACCAAAUGUGACCAAUGUUCCGUUUGGACAACUUAAAUAUUAAAACAUAAUGGCAUUAGUCGCCCAAAUAUUAUUAUUUGGGCGAUCUUCUUUAAAGCUAUAACAUAUGAGCCACUGUCAAUGUUUGUAUUGCAUAUAUUUAUUCCACAUUAAAAUCUUGCUCGUGGUUCAUGGUUCGCUUAUCAUAAUUUGCAAACAUCCAUUAUUAUAUUUUGGGCCACCAUAUUUUUUUUUGAGUUUCGAUCUGUGAAUAUAAAGUGUUCUGAACUGAAAUCAUUAUGUCACUGUAGUAUUCAAAUUGGGUAUAUAUAAUGUAUUAACAAUGUGUUGUUAUUUUGAUGCCAUGCCACACAGUUUAAAGGGACAUUCCUGACUUUGCUACAUUGUAAGAUGUUUCAAACUAAUAAAAUAUUUCUACAAUUA